AUGAAGAGAUACCUGUCCAAUCCGCCAGUCUUGGUACCACCAAGGCCUGGGAGCCAACUACUGCUAUACCUAUCAGUUGCUGAAGAUGCCUUCGGUUGCGUGUUAGGACAACAUAAUGAAGAAAGGAAAAAAGAACGUGCCAUUUACUAUCUGAACAAGAAAUUCACGGCUUGUGAGCCUAUGCCCACCGGGAAGUUGGCUAAAUGGCAGAUGUUGUUAAGUGAAUUCGACAUCGUGUACAUAGCUCAGAAGGUCGUUAAAGGACAGGCUUUGGCUGACUUACUAGAUGCAAGCCCGGUAAAUGAAGAACUCAAACCACUUUGCACUCAUUUCCCAUACGAAGGGGUGUUGCCCAUAGAAGAUGGAGCAACAGAAUCUUACACUGGCUGGAGACUAUUCUUCGACGGAGCGGUGAAUUACAAAGGUUCUGCAAUCGGAGUGAUUCUAAUAUCAGAAAAUGGGCAACACUACCCCAUGGCCGCAAAGCUGAAAUUCCAUUGUACCAAAAACAUGGUUGAAUACGAGGCCUGUGUUCUCGGUCUCCAAAUGGCAAUAGAUAUGAACAUUGACGAAUUACUGGUCAUUUGA